AUGUCCCUCGACGGCCAUCGUGAUGCAUUACUUAGGGAGAAGCGGAACGAGAGCGUGACGUGCAAUGAGUCUCGCAAGCGCAAGCUGCGCGAGCUUUACAAGUAUACGGUCUACUUGGAGGUGCCCGACAAGUGGGCCACCAACACCCAGCUGGACCAACUUGAAGGUCGCUUUUUAGACGAGAACGACAUUGAAAAAGGUCGACGCUUCAAUGAUGCGACAACACUUCCAUUCCCACACUCUGGACAGCAACCAACCUUACCAUCGACACUACCCUUCGCACAUCCUGGAAAGCCUGUGUUCUCCCCAUUUGCGGGAUCGUCGCCGUCUCCGCUUACUGGCGCCAGUCUGGAGGAGCAAUUACGUGCAGCAUCAGCCUCGCCGUCCGUUGUUUCGCAACCACUGCCACCUUCUGAUGCACUGACACACAGCGACGAACAUCGCACUUCGAGGCCAUCAUCAAUCGCCCCCCCGGCAGGCACCCCGUCACCAUCCCAGGCGUCCUUUGCAGAAGAGCGGGUUUCUAGCAAGGCCUCCACCACGGCGCAGCCCAUCACCGAAGUACCGGGUGUCCAGGAAGUUGGAGUAGGAAGCUUGGUUGACCGAGAAGAUCCUUCUGUUGAUCCAAAAUCUGUUGCUGAUUCGGCCGUCGGAGACCAGGACGCGUCGACUAUUCCUGCGGUGAAUGAGAAGCCUAGGACACCCAAGGUUGUUCAUCUCCCGUCGAAGGAGACUCAGGAAUCACGAUUGCAAGAGACGGAACGCAAACUGGACCACGUAGCGAACAAAGAACGGAGAGAGGAUGAACGAUUUACAUUACCACAAAGCAACGGUCCAACCGAGAUGGUCUCAUCGCCGUCCUCGACGGUCGGACCGUACUCUCAAGCAACACCGCAUGCGCCCCACCACUCUCCCGAUACGAGCCCCGAUACAGAAGCCUUCCACGACACUACCCACCCGCUCGAAUCCAAUGAGGAUAUUCUGGACCCUGCAGCACAGCAAGUGAAGGAAGACCACGAGCGCGCUUUACAGAAACAGAUGAAGGAAGCUCGAGAACGCGCCCGUAGGCCCGAUUCUCCGACAUCAGACGUUGAAAAGCAAAUCGAAGACGAGCAGGCUAUACGCCUAGCACGAGAUGGAAAGAGUCGACUUGGUGAAUCGACAGACAAUACAGGCCAUUCACUGACGCAGGAAGCCGAACAGGUCAUCAGUGAAAGUGAUGUUGCACAGAGCACGAAGGAACAACCAGAGCAUACGGCAGACUCACUUCCUACACCAACCACAACUGCACCCGAGCCAUCUGUUCUGGAUCGUGAAGCCACCGAGACCGUUAUGGCGCAAUCGAAGGAGAAUCCGGCUGCAGACCACCCUACGCCUCCUGCUGAUAUCGAUCUCGACAUGACUCAAGCACCGGCAAUGGCUCAGGAAGAGGCCACACUUGCGCAGACCUCGCCGCGCUGUGAGCGUAUGACUACUCGUGUGUCUUCCGGUGCUAUCCGCCAAAGAUCGGUCUCAGAGAUCAUCAGCGAGCAUGCAGCACAAAAGACGUUCCUGACACCACAGUCGAGUAACCUGUCUAGUCCCCAGCGCCCUCGACAUCAGGACAGAAAGUCCAUGGAGGUGUCAACAGUGGUGUUUGCGAAAAAGAACCCAGUCAAGUCUUACAAGACGACGCAAACCUACGACCAAGACUAUGCAUCGUUGCAAGGGGCUUCUGAGGAUUCAAGUCGGGACUAUCUCGAGGGCCUCUUCAAGUUCCAAGCUCAUCAUCCACCACGGUCCGUGCCCUUGCAAGAGCUCGUUGCGUCUGCUCGGAAAACUGUUUCUACAGCUGGCACCCUUGCUAUGAUUCGCGAAAACCAAGAUUACAAGAUACUAAAGCGUGUUUACCAGCUUCAGAAUGCAAACCGAUGGUCUUUGCGACAACUGCAAAAGUCUGCUGAACCGGAGCGUCCUUUCACACAUCAAGAUCUUCUUCUUCUGGAGAUGAAAUGGAUGCAAACCGAUUUCAAGGAAGAGAGAAAGUGGAAGCAUGCUCUCGCAGCGACCCUUGCAGACUGGUGCGCCGAGUAUGUUCACAGCAGCCCUGAAGAGCGCAUAGCUCUUCGAGUUAAGACAAGCAUUCCAAAGUCCAUACUGGAAUCCACAAACGACAACGAUAUGCACGAUGCGCCGACACCAGAUCUUGUACCUUCGGGCGCUCACGAAACCGAGAGCGAAUCAUACGCGGACGAGGACGAGCUUCUGACGCCGUUCCAUGCCGACCCUCCUGCUGGUGUGUUCUCGCUUGGCUACAACGACGUCGUCAUUAAGAUCGAUCGUACUCCGGCCAGCGAUCACAUGUUCCGCGAAUUGCCGUUCUACGAACCCAUGCUUGAAGGCGCUAGCGAUGUUACGCCUUUUUCGAUAUCCGAACCUCCUAUUCUUCCUGUCUCGAAGUUUGUAACUGGCAAGUUGGUUUCACAGAUCAGAGGUCCACCUAGAAAGCGCAGCAGAUACGACUAUGAUUCUGAAGACGAACCUUCCACACCGCCUAGCCGGGCUGGAACCUCUGCAGAGCACUCAAUGCCCUCUACUCCAGGAAGAAGGCUGUUCUGUCGGAAUGAUCUUCCUCCUGAGAUGACUGAUGUUGCCCUGUUUAAUGCCGAGAACAAGCAUGUUCGAGACAGACUGCAGGCAGCGCACCAGUUCAGGCCACCGACUGAGUUCAACAUGCCCUCAGUUGCUUUCUUCGAGAAUAGAACUCCGUCGCAGUGGCUCUGGGAAGAAGAUCAGAAGCUCCGUGCUCUCGUCAAGGAAUACACCUUCAAUUGGUCUUUGGUGGCGCAGCAGUUAGCAUUGCCAUCGAAAUUUACUUCGGGGUCUGGGCGCCGCACGCCUUGGGAAUGCUUUGAGCGCUGGGUACAGCUAGAAGGGUUACCUGCUGAGAUGUCCAAGACGCAGUACUUCCGCACAUACCAAGGUCGAUUGGAGCAGGCAAAUAAAGUCGUGUUUGCUCAAUAUCAGGCGCAGCAACAGCAACAGCAACAACAGUCUGGGGGACAAACACCAGGGCAGCCUCGGAGACGCCCUACGACCACACCAAUUCGCGUGGAGAGGAGAAGAGAGAACCGCCACCUUGCCAUUAUCGAUGGUAUGCGCAAGCUCGCCCGAAAGCGGGAAUCGGUCGCACAUAAGCAAGCGGAAUCGCAAAAGGCUGCGGCGCUCAGGAAGGCGCAUGAGCCUGCGCCACCCAAGAACAAUGUGCACACUCCGCAAGAGUUCAGCCGUCUCAAGUGGGAACGCGAAGAGAGGCUGAAGCAAAAGCAAUUGCAACAGGAGAUCGCCGUCAGAAAUCAGAUGGCGGUGCAGCGCCAAGCUCAACAUAACGCGCAGAACGGUGUCCCGAACGGCGUACCGCAAAUGCAACGCAACGGCACACCCGGCGGCGCCAACUCCAACAUGCCCGCGCAGAUGGCUAACAACCCAUCGCAACAGGCUCAGAAUGCGGCAGCAAUGGCAGCGCGAGCUCAGCAAAGCCAGCAAGGAAUGCCAAACAACCUUGGCAAUGCCAACAUGACUGGUAUGUCCAUGGGCACACCCGGUGUUCCCCAGGCACAAAUGCAGAGCAACAUGCAGAACGGCCAGCGAAUGGGACCUCCAGACCAGAUGCGUAUGGCGAUGCAACGGAACCAAUUCAACAGUCCGAACCAGCAGCAGUUUCACUUGCAACAGCAACAGCAACAGAUGAGUAUGGCGAACGCUCAGGGCAUGAAUAUGAAUGGCAUUCCCAAUGCGAACAUGAUGGCGUCAAUGAGCAACCAAAACCUGAACGGAAACAUGAACGCCUCCAUGAAUGGUAUGCCCAACGGCGCCAGUUCUCCACGAGUGAACCAGGCAGCGCCAAACAUGCAGCGUCCGAACGGAGCCAACGCAGGUGGCCACGUUCCUCAAUAUCUGCAACUGCAGAACACCAUCAAGAUGCAGCAUCCGGAUUGGACGCCAGAGCAGGUGCAGAAAUCAGCUUCUGACCAGCUCCAGCGAUACAUGGCUAAGCAACGUGUGCAAGCAAUGAACGCUGCGGCGGGCUCUCCAGGAAUUUCAUCGCCAUCGCCGCAGAUGGCCAACCAAUUCAUGCAGCAGAACGGCGGCAUGGCUAACAGCCCGCCUGUCAAUGCGGUUCAAAACUACCAGCAACAGUUGGUGCAGCAACAACGACUAAUGAGCCAACAACGACAACCGCAACAGGCCGGCAGCCCGGGAAUGAAUGGACGACCACCGAGUAGAAGCGCAACACCACAAAACCCGCAGCAGAUGCAGCAGAGUCCCGGCUUGGUACAAGCCCAGCCCAACCGACCUACCUGA